UAGAGAAUAGAGAAUAGAGAAGAGAGAAGAGAAAUAGGGUUUUGGCCUCUGAAACUCACAGUGUUGCGUUUCGUUCUUUAUUCAUCUCUCUCACUCCAAACUUCGAUGAAACCCUAGCCAUGCAUCAUGCAUUCCCCGCGAUCAGGUGUAGCUGACUGAGAUAUGCUGAUCACAUAAUUUUUUUUUUAAUUACAAAAGUUAGCAUUCUUUCAUGUAUCCAAAACGGUCUGGCCAAGAUGGCCCUGUUUCCGGGCAGGUGCGCACAAGUGAUAGGAUCAAGUCAAGGCCAAACAUGUAUGGCCGACCAUUCAUGUAUUACAACUCAAAUCUUAGGCGCACCAGGAAAAGCAAGAACAAGACAAGGACAGCAGCUUCACAGAUUGCCAAGAUGUUGCGUCCAGGGAAUCGGAAAGGAAAAGAUUUGAAUACUGAUUCUGGCUCUGCCAACCUUAGGCGUUCAACUAGGAAGAGAAGGCUUAAUGUAAAUCUUGAAGAUUUCACAGACAGCUCUGGAGCUGAGGAUGAAGACUUAAUGAGACCUGCAUAUCAACCAUUGAGAAACCGGAUUAGCAUUAGCGUCAGCCGGGAUGAUUUGAUGUCUACUAAACGCAAAAGAGCAAUGGAGAAACCUACACCUCGGCGUGAAGGUCUACGACCACGUCGCUCAAAGGCUGGCGCAAGAGAACGAUUAAUUUUAGAAUCAGAUGAUGAGCAAGAGCUUUCAGAAGAGAAGGUUGAACAAGAUGAAACAGAAAAUGGAAAUGAUGUUGAGGAAAAUGAUGCAGAUGAUGAUCAAAAUGAGAUUGAGGUGGACGCUGAGGGUGAGGAUGAAGGUGAGGACGAAGGUGAUGAAGAUGGUGAUGAUGAAGAAGGUGAAGAAGAGCAGGAUGGAAGAAGGCGCUAUGAUCUUCGAAAUCGUUCAGAUGUCCGCAGGUUCUCUAUGGAGGAAGGGAAGGCCCGACAAAGAUCUCCUCGAAGAGUGUUACAUCAAGGUAUGGGAACUAAAGUCAGCAGGGAUGUAAGGAAGGGUGGUUCACGUGUUCAUAAGCGUCAUCACAUAACAAGGCCUGAAGAUUCUGAUGACUCCCUUCUUGUGGAUGAGCUGGACCAAGGCCCUGCUAUUCCAUGGGGGCGAGGUGGCAGCAGAUCUGGCCCACCUUGGCUUUUCGGGGGCUUAGACAUGCAUGGAACAUCUUGGGGAUUAAAUCUUGCUGCAUCAGGUUGGGGUCACCAGGGUGAUGCUUUGUCUACUCUAACUUCUGGGAUUCAAACUGCUGGACCAAGUUCUAAGGGAGGAGCAGAUAUCCAACCCUUACAGGUUGAUGAUAAUGUUAGUUUUGAAGAUAUAGGUGGGCUCUCUGAAUACAUUGAUGCUCUAAAGGAAAUGGUUUUCUUUCCAUUAUUAUACCCAGAUUUCUUUGCAAGUUACCACAUUACUCCACCUAGAGGGGUGUUGUUAUGUGGACCCCCUGGUACAGGGAAAACAUUAAUUGCAAGAGCUUUGGCUUGUGCUGCUUCAAAAGCUGGCCAGAAAGUUAGCUUUUACAUGUGCAAGGGAGCAGAUGUACUAAGCAAGUGGGUUGGUGAGGCUGAAAGACAAUUGAAACUACUCUUUGAGGAAGCACAACGGAAUCAACCUUCUAUUAUCUUCUUUGAUGAAAUAGAUGGACUUGCACCUGUGAGGUCUAGCAAGCAAGAACAAAUUCACAAUUCCAUUGUGUCCACUUUGCUUGCUUUGAUGGAUGGUCUUGAUUCUCGUGGACAAGUUGUUUUAAUUGGAGCUACCAACAGGAUUGAUGCUAUUGAUGGAGCCUUGCGACGUCCUGGUAGAUUUGAUCGUGAAUUUAACUUUCCCUUGCCUGGUUGUGAGGCACGUGCUGAAAUAUUAGACAUUCAUACUCGUAAGUGGAAGCAUCCUCCUCCAAAGGAACUGAAAAAGGAACUUGCAGCUAGUUGUGUUGGUUACUGUGGUGCUGACCUAAAGGCACUCUGUACAGAAGCUGCCAUUCAUGCUUUCCGUGAAAAAUUUCCACAGGUUUAUACCAGUGAUGACAAAUUUCUCAUAGAUGUUGAUUCUGUCAGGGUAGAAAAGUAUCAUUUUAUUGAAGCUAUGUCUACAAUCACUCCUGCUGCUCAUAGGGGAGCUAUUGUGCACUCUAGGCCAUUGUCUCUCGUAGUUCAACCAUGUCUUCAGAGACAUCUAGAGAAAGCCAUGAGUAUUAUAUCUGAUAUUUUCCCUCCAGUUUCUGUUGCAUCAGAAUUGACCAAACUUUCGAUGCUUUCUUAUGGGUCUGCAAUUCCACUUGUGUAUCGGCCUAGGCUUCUACUUUGUGGUGGUGAAGGUACAGGGCUGGAUCAUCUUGGCCCUGCGGUUUUACAUGAACUGGAAAAAUAUCCUGUACAUUCAUUAGGACUUCCAUCUCUUCUGUCAGAUCCGAGUGCAAAGACACCGGAAGAAGCAUUGGUACAUAUAUUUGGUGAAGCUAGAAGAACAACUCCAUCAAUUCUCUAUUUACCACAGUUUGAUGUUUGGUGGGAAACUGCUCAUGAACAACUCAGAGCUGUUCUCCUGACUUUGCUAGAAGAAUUGCCAUCUGACUUACCUAUCUUACUACUCGGGACAUCCUCAGUUGCACUUGCUGAAGUAGAGGAAGUCCCUCCUUCAGUUUUCCCUCAUCGCUCAGUUUAUCAAGUGAGCAUGCCAUCUACGAAAGAUAGGACUUUGUUUUUCAAUCAUUUAAUAGAAGCUGCUAUGUCAGUAUUGUUGGAGGGAAUCAGCAAGAAAUCCCAGGAUACAGGAUGCCUUCCUGAACUUCCCAAGGCACCAAAAUUGGCUAGUGGUCCGAAGGUAUCUGAGCUAAAAGCAAAGGUGGAAGCAGAGCAACAUGCACUUCGGAGAUUGCGAAUGUGCCUUAGAGAUGUUUGCAAUCGGUAUGUCAACCUAUGCUUAAUUUACAAUUGUGCAUGGGAUGCUGUGUCCAACCUGAGGUUAAUACGAGUGCUCGACUUCAUGAGUUAUGAAGUAUUGAAGCGGAAUAAGAAGAUCACGGAUGUUGUGCAUGCAGCAGAAGACAAGUCACAAGAAGAUUCUGUACCAUCAAAGUCUUCGCAGGAGCAUCAGGCAAAUGACAUAAAUUCUGAAAGGCUGGAACCAAAAAUAUCAAUUGAUGCAAAUUUGCAGGGAACUUGUACAAAUAGCCUUGCUGAUCGCAGCAGUCUUGAUGAUGUCACAAUGCUAGAUGGUGAAUUUUCAAGACAAGUGGAGUCUGUCAAGAAGCUUUUUGUCAAACGUAGUGAAAAUUACAGCAUUCCACAACUUGAAAGGCUUUACACGAGAAUUAUGAAGGGCGUUUUUGAAACCAAAGAUAAAGGAACGAAUGAUGAUAUCAAGACUUCGGUUUUGAGGUUUUUAUUGAAUUUUGUAGAGGAUGAUGCAAAUUUCUGACUAAUCGGUUUUCCCUUUCUCCCAUGAUGAUUUAGAUAAAGAAAAGAUUUUUACUGUAAAGUCGGGAUUUUUUAAUUUCAAUGUUAUUUGAUUGAGUACAAGAUUUCCUUUCCCCUCCCUCCCUUUCCCUGGGCCAGAAUGGUCCAAACCAAUGUAUAGUGGAGUAACCAUUUAUUCUUUCUAUAUUCCGGAAGAUUGUAAUUACAGGAUUUUAGGAUUAGAUGUCUCUUCGACUUGCGAAAGCCUAGAGCUUGAAAAUGUUAGCCAGAGUGAGAUAACCUUUUUUA